CGCGCGCGUACCGGUGAGAAACCAAGCAAGGUAGGCCCCAGUUCGGGAAUCACAAUGCUUUUGACCGAAUCAAGCCGGUGUUGUGGCGACGAAGGGCGGGUAGCGCCGCGAAACGUACACGCGCGUGUACGUUUAGGAUCUGCCAUCUCGGUGGAGAUAAAAUGACGCCGAAGUGCCUCGUCUCGCCUCUCUUCGCUUCCCUUCGCUCUUGCGCCCGGCGAUUCGAAGGGCUCGAAGCCCCUCCGGGGGGCACAUCGGGCCCGCCUCCGCCGCCAGGUCCCUCUUCGGUCCAUCAGAUCAAGGGGGGGGAGUGGGAAGAGGGGAGAAAUGGACGGACGGCGCUGACGUCCUCUCUCCGUCUCCUUCAUGGGGAACUGCGUUUCGUUGAGAGGCCCCCUUCCGGUGUCAGGGGAAGAGACGUUCGCAAAUGGCACCAGCGAUGCUGCGAGGCAGCCUCCGAUACGAGAUGCUAUAGACCUUCAAGAGAUCGCCGGCUAUAGCAAUCUCCACACGUUUACAUAUGGUGAAUUGAGGCUGGCUACUGAUAACUUCCGUCCAGAUAAAAUACUUGGUCAGGGAGGGUUUGGCCUCGUCUAUAAAGGUGCUAUAGAUGACAAUGUCAGACCUGGUCUUGAGUACACUCUAGUUGCUGUUAAAGAGCUUAAUCCACGGGGAUUCCAAGGGCACAAGGAAUGGCUGGCAGAGGUGAACUAUCUGGGGCUGUUGAGCCAUCCAAACCUUGUGAAGCUUAUUGGCUACUGCUGUGAGGAUGAACAUAGGUUGCUAGUUUACGAGUACAUGGCCUAUGGGAGCCUAGAAAAGCACCUUUUCAGAAGGUCAUGUGCUACCUUGCCAUGGUUGACUCGGAUGAAGAUUGCUCUGGAUACUGCAAAAGGGCUUGCUUUUCUUCAUGGAGCUGAAAGACCCAUCAUCUAUCGUGAUUUUAAGGCAUCAAACAUCCUGAUUGAUGCGGAGUAUAAUGGAAAGCUAUCAGACUUCGGCCUCGCAAAGGAAGGGCCCAUGGGAGAGCAAACACAUGUUUCCACCAGGGUCAUGGGUACUUAUGGUUAUACAGCUCCGGAGUAUAUAUUGACUGGCCAUCUGACUUCGAAAAGUGAUGUUUAUGGCUUCGGAGUUGUGCUGCUGGAGAUGCUCAUCGGCCGAAAGGCGAUGGACCCCAGCAAGCGAAGCCGACAACACGAUCUAGUCAAGUGGGCCCGUCCGCUGCUUGUCCGCAGCAGGAAGUUGCUAAAGAUCAUUGACCCGAGACUGGAAGGUCAGUACUCAAACAAGGAUGUGGAGAGGGUGGCCAGAUUGGCAUACGAUUGCCUGAACCAGAACCCCAAGAUGAGGCCUGUCAUGAGCGAGGUGGUCGACGUCCUCCAAGCCAUGCUCAGGAAGGAAGAAACCAUCCUGCCUCACAGCCCUGAAGCUGCUAUGGCCCCUCCUGAGGUUGGCUCUGCAGUGGGGGAGCAAAGAGAAGCUGUUGGACAUAGAAAAGGUGAUGUGGCCCUUCCUCAGGUUGGCCAGGAAGAUGUGGAUGGCUCUGCAGUUGAAGAGGAGAAAGGAGAAGCUGUUGGACAUGGAAAAAGCGAGGUUGGCAACGAAGAUGUGGGUGGCUUUGGAGUGGAAGAGCAAAGCGAAGCUGUUGGCAAGGAAACUGUGAAUGGCGCUGCAGUGGAAGAGCAAGGAGAAGCUGUCGGACAACUUAAAGGCAAUGAUGAUGGGCACCAACAUCAUGAAGAUUACAGCGGCCCCCAGGCAGAGAACCGAAAUGAACUCAAUGGUUCACUGCAUAAAUUUUCCCAAGAGAUCCAAGUCAUCUAUUGUUGAGGGUGCAGUGUGAAGUUGAUUGUGACAUUAAUUGGAGCCCAACAUGUUUGAUUUUUUAUUGGUUAAUGAUUGAGUGAUUCAUUUGUUCAA